CACUCAAUUCGUAUAAUACCGUACAGCCAGGCUUCAGCGUUUGGCCGCCGGGCCUUCGGCAAGUUCUCCCUCUUGAUCAAAGAGGUGCUGUUGUGUUAUCAGUGAACAUGAAAUCGUUGGGCUGCGUGAUCCUCGAGGCUAUGCAAGUUUACGAAGCAAGGAAAUUCGAACCCGUUGAGACGAUUCCGCAGUGUUACCUCCAGGCUCAUCCGACUUGAGUCUGUUGGAGAAAUUAGUAUAAAUAUUGACGUUUGGUUGUGCAAGAGCUACCUCGAUAAACAGCAGUCUCGUCUUACCUCGUGUACACAAACCCAUCUAGCCUCCAUUGGAUAUCUUGCUCUUUCAUCCCCCUGAUAUUAUGACUGGAAUUGAUACUGGCAUGGAAAAUCUUCCAAACGGCAGUGCAUCCCCUUUGACGAUCUCUCAGUGGAAGUCUGCCCAAAUUCGUGGAGAUGGCCUCGACCGACUCCUCUCCCUCGUUUCAUCCGAGAGAGCAGCUAAUCCUACAACCAAAGCCUGGAUCUCGCUAGCUUCUCCUGAGCAGAUCAAAACCCAAUGGACAGCCCUUCAGACCUUGACCUCUGACCCUACAUCCCUCCCCCUGUAUGGAGUCCCCUUCGCUGCAAAAGACAACAUCGAUGCUGAAGGCUUCGUCACCACCGCUGCAUGUCCAACAUUCAGUUCUACACCAGCUACUUCAGAUGCCACAGUGAUCGCGAAGCUCAAAGCCGCUGGUGCGAUCCUUAUCGGAAAGACGAACCUCGACCAAUUCGCUACUGGCUUAGUCGGUACAAGAUCGCUAUAUGGUGCUGUACCAAACUCCUUCGACCCCAGUCGUGUCAGCGGAGGUUCCAGCUCUGGAAGUGCUGUCGUUGUCGGUCGUGGUAUAGUGCCCUUCUCUCUUGGUACAGACACAGCUGGUUCUGGUCGAGUUCCGGCCGGUUUCAACAACAUCGUGGGGUUGAAGCCGACCCGUGGUGCUUUGAGUGCUCGUGGCGUACUUCCUGCAUGCAAGACUCUCGAUUGUGUGUCCAUAUUCACUCUUACAGUUAGCGAUGCAGAGACCGUCUUAUCUGUCGCCGAAGGAUACGAUGUCCAAGACCCAUAUUCUCGAGCGCGACCUAACCCUGAAUAUGCCCCUUAUGACGAAUUCGGGGGCUCAGCAAGUCUCACUAGGCCCUCUCUCGCGAUAUGUGCCUCGCUAGACUGGUUCGGUCGAGAUGAUCAUUAUCCAGCGUACGAAAAGGCUCUCGUCAAAGCAGAAGCUUUGGGAUGGAGUCUCGUUCCUGUUGACUUCUCCCCUCUCUUUCGACUUGCGCGACUCCUGUAUAACGGCCCAUGGGUUGCAGAACGGUACGAAGCCAUCCGGGGCUUUAUCGAGAGUGCCGCUGCUGAAGAAAUGGAUCCUGUCGUGAGAAAGAUUAUCAUCAGAGCUCAGACCCUUUCAGCAGCAGAUGUCUUUGAGGGUGAAUACCUUCGACAGGAACUUACACGUCAAAUCGAGAGGGAAUUUGCUCGAUUUGAUGGUCUCUUGGUACCCACGUCUCCAACAUUCCCCACGCUUGAUGAGCUCGUCAAGAACCCCGUCGAGGAGAACUCGAUUUUGGGUACUUAUACCAAUUUCGUCAACUUUCUGGAUUGGUCGGCGCUCUCUAUCCCUGCUGGCUUUAGACCAGAUGGACUUCCAUUCGGUGUGACGCUCAUCUCGACUCGUUGGCAAGAAUCCUUUCUUCUAUCUUGGGCUCGCGAGUGGUUUGGUGACGAACAAAGGUUGCUGGGUGCGACCGGUGUAAGCGCUCGUGAGUCUCCCACUUCAAUAUCAUCGGUCCCAUCGAAUUACAUCCCCAUUGCUGUUGUUGGUGCGCAUCUCACUGGGUUUCCUCUCAACAAGGAUGUAGCGACUCGUGGUGGAAGAUUUCUCCGUGCCACCAAGACAUCAUGGUCCUAUCGGCUGUACUCCCUCAACACAACAAUCGGUCCCAAGAAGCCAGGUCUGAAGCGAGUCUCCACCGAUGAAGGCGCAGAAAUCGAGGUCGAAAUCUGGAACCUGCCCAAGACCUCCCUGGCGAGCUUCAUGCUCACAAUUCCUCCUCCUCUUGCAAUCGGUUCAAUCGAACUCAAAGACGGGUCUUGGGUAAAGGGGUUCGUAUGUGAGCCUUGCGGCUUCGAUGAAGCUGUCGAUAUCACCGGUCACGGCGGCUGGCGAGCAUACCAUGCUUCCCUCGAAGAGGAGACCAAAUCGUUGACAAACGGAGUUCGUAAGCGUGCUGUCUCAACAAUUCUUGUAGCCAAUCGUGGCGAGAUCGCGGUUCGCAUCAUCGAGACGAUACACAAAAUGGGUCUUCGAGCUGUUGCCGUCUACUCUGAGAUAGACGCAGACGCCGCGCACGUUAGCAAAGCUGAUAUCGCUCUCAAGCUUGAAGGCUCUUCAGUAUCUGAGACUUAUCUGGAUAUGGAUCAGAUACUGAAGCUGGCUGCUCAAUCCUCGGCUGACGCCAUCAUUCCUGGCUACGGCUUCCUCUCCGAGAAUGCCGAGUUUGCUACCGCCGUCGAAGAGAGGGGCAUAAUAUGGAUUGGGCCAACUCCAAAGCAAAUGGCUGAUCUCGGGUUGAAGCAUCGUGCCCGUUCUAUUGCAGUCGAAGCAGGCGUCCCUGUUGUCCCAGGGUGUGACACCCUUCUCACAUCACUGGAAGAAGCUCUCAAAGAAAGCGAGCGAAUUGGCUUCCCCUUGAUGCUGAAGAGUACUGCUGGUGGCGGUGGUAUCGGUCUAAGCUACUGCAAAGACAGACAGAGCCUAGCCACAACGUUCGAGAGCGUUCAAUGGCAAGCGGAAACUAAUUUCGGCAACGGGGGCGUUUUCAUCGAACGGUUUAUCCAACGGGCUCGCCACGUUGAAGUCCAAAUCCUCGGAGACGGUACAGGUCGUGUCAUUGCCGCUGGCGAACGGGACUGCUCUUUGCAACGGCGCCAUCAGAAGGUUGUUGAAGAAAGCCCCGCAGUUUUGGUCCCUGAGUCAAUUCGGGCGGAAAUGCGAGCUGCUGCCAUUCGGUUGGCUUCAUCGGUUGAGUAUCGCAACGUCGGUACUGUCGAGUUCAUCUAUGAUAUCGAUUCGAGGGAGUUCUAUUUCCUGGAAGUGAACACUCGGUUACAAGUUGAGCACCCUGUGACUGAGUCAGUAACUGGUCUUGAUCUUGUGGAGUGUAUGAUCAACAUUGCCGACGGAAGUGCAACUCGCCUGUUCGAUACCGAGCCCCAAAUGUCUGGCGCUUCGAUUGAGGUCCGUGUAUAUGCUGAAAGCCCCCUUCAAUCUUUCCGUCCCUGUGCUGGUCGUAUCACUGCUCUUGAAUUCCCUUCCUCUCUUCGUGUCGAUACUUGGAUCCAACUUGGCACCGAGAUCACGACGUCUUUCGAUCCUCUAGUGGCCAAGCUCAUUGCCUCGGGGUCUGAUCGGGAAGAAGCUAUCGAUAACUUGGCCGCAAGCCUUGCAGCCACUCGUAUUGAAGGCUUACAAACCAACCUCGAGUAUCUCCGCCAGAUUGUUUCGUCUCCCAUGUUCAGGACCGGUGACUAUACGACGAAAUCUUUGGACUCCUUCCAGUUCCACUCUUCCUCUUUUGAAGUCCUUCAUCCUGGGGCUUUGACCACGGUUCAAGAUUAUCCAGGCCGUACUGGAUACUGGAACAUUGGUAUCCCUCCUGGCGGUCCAAUGGAUUCUUACUCCUUUCGACUCGCGAAUCGUCUCGUGGGCAAUUCCUCAGGCGCUUCUGGGCUCGAAUGUACUCUGGGAGGCCCGUCUUUGAAGUUCCAUUGUGAUGCUGUGAUUUCUGCCGUUGGCGGUGUUGCACAAGUUACGAUCGACGAUAUGGCGGUUUCCAUGAACCAAGCCGUUGGUGUUAAAGCAGGUCAGAUACUGAGUGUCGGUGUCGUUGAGCAUGGGCAUCGUGUAUAUCUUGCUAUUCGGGGAGGAAUCGAAGUCCCAGUCGUGAUGGGCAGUCGGGCGACUUUCGAACUUGGAAAGCUUGGGGGCUUCGGCGGUCGUAAGCUCCAGGCGCGUGAUAUACUCGCCAUCGGUCCUGCAGAUCCCUUGGUCAGUGAAGCUCAAGCUAUAUCACCAGUGCCUGUACCAACUCACCCCAAGGCUUCUUGGACCGUUAGAGUCAUCCCCGGCCCCCACGGAGCUCCAGACUAUUUCACCCCUGAAAGCGUUAAGGCGUUGUACCUCAGCGACUGGAAGGUUCACCACAACAGUAACCGCCUUGGUGUUCGUCUCACUGGCCCUCAACCAGAAUGGUCUCGCAGAAGCGGAGGUGAAGCAGGCUUGCAUCCUUCAAACAUCCAUGAUGCUCCUUACUCGAUAGGUAGUGUGAGUUUCACUGGGGAUGAAGCUGUUGUUCUGGGCUGCGAUGGUCCGAGUCUCGGUGGAUUCGUGGUGCUGUGUGUAGUGUGCUCUGCGGAUCUGUGGAAGAUGGGGCAGGUUCGGCCUGGGGAUACUAUUCGAUUCGACCCUAUUGAUGUUGCGACUGCGAUUGGGUUAGAGAGGAAGCUUGAUGAAGCCAUUGAGAAGCUCUCACCUCUUGAGGCUUUAGACUGCGUUCCAUUUGAUGAAGUGUCUCUGGCCCAGAAGUUGGGAAGCAUUCCCGCCGCCGUGGGUGCUAUCGAUCAUGACGGUCAAAGGAUUACUAUUCGUCAAGCCGGUGAUCGGGCAUUUCUGUUAGAAUUCGGUGAUGCUUCCGCCUUCAACCUUCGUCACAACUUCGAGAUAUCAGCGUUCUGUGAGAACCAUGAGAAGAAUCCCAUCCCCGGCGUUGAAGAACUCACCCCUGGCGUCUUCAGCCUCCACGUCACCUAUACUCGCUGUCUGUCCCCAGAUCUAAUGCUGUCACGCUUGGCAGACCAUAUUCGCUCGUACAGAGUUCUUUCCCAAGUCCCCUCAAGGAGCGUUUGUCUCCCCAUCGCAUUCGAUGAUAGUGUCAGCCGAGCCGCUAUCGAACGAUACACAGCAACUAUCCGCCCCAACGCACCCUGGCUCCCCAGCAACAUCGACUUCCUCCAAAAGCUCAACGGUGUCUCUGACCUGACCAAAGUUUUGAGCGCCGCGGAAUUCGUAGUUCUUGGUCUUGGUGAUGUGUUCAUGGGCUCACCGUGUGCAAUCCCCUUAGAUCCGCGCCAUCGCUUGUUUGGAACAAAGUACAAUCCUUCGCGCUCUUUCACACCUCGUGGCGCUGUUGGUAUCGGGGGACAGUAUAUGUGUAUCUACGCAACGGAUUCGCCUGGCGGUUAUCAGCUUGUUGGGAGAACCGUUGAGAUCUGGGAUGCUGACCUUGUUGAUACUGAGGCUUGGUUCUUUCGGCGCUUUGAUAGGAUUACGUUUUAUCCCGUCACUGAAGCGGCGCUGGACGGAACACCGAGGUCUGAGCUUGUUCAGAUCAGCGAUGGUGUUCUUGAUCUUGAACAGUACGAAAUGUGGCUUACGACGAACAAAGAAGACAUCGCCGCCGCCGCGGACCAACAAGCAAGGGCCAUUUCGAAUGCGCCCUUUGUCGAUGAAUUGCUUCUUCCGUAUCAAGUGGAAUCUGUUGUCAAUUGGCACAGCCCGAGUCUGGAUAGCUCGGGCCUUCAUGGUGAACGAGUAAAGGCGACGAUGCCGGGUCGAUGUUACAAGGUCAUGGUGAAAGAAGGGACUGUUGUGGAGAAGGGCGAUGUUCUGGUCUGUAUUGAGUCGAGUAAGAUGGAAAUUGAGAUUCGCAGUCCUGUAGGCGGAAAAUGUUUGGUUGUUUUGGUGCAGGCGGGGGAUUUGAUUGAUGUGGAAGAUGACCUGGUAGUCAUUGACUUGGGUAAUUCAGUCUAAGCUUAGGGGAGGUUUUACUGGGUUUAUUUUUUCUCAAUGCCUUAUGCUUUCUCGCUCCCUGGGGAGGCCCUAGAUUUAGGGAUCUUACCUCUUGUACACGGCUC